AUGGCGGACGCCGGUUUGCGCCGCGUGGUUCCCAGCGACCUGUAUCCCCUCGUGCUCGGCUUUCUGCGCGAUAACCAGCUCUCGGACGUGGCCAACAAGUUCGCCAAGGCAACAGGCGCUACCCAGCAGGAUGCCAACGCCUCUUCCCUCUUGGACAUCUAUAGUUUCUGGCUCAAGUCCACCAAGGCCCCAAAGCGGAAGUUACAGGCAAAUGGACCAGUGACUAAGAAGGCUAAGAAGAAGACUUCAUCCAGUGACAGCAGUGAGGACAGCAGUGAGGAGGAAAAAGCCCAAGGGCCUCCCGCUAAGAAAGCUGCUGUACCUGCCAAGCGGGCCAGUCUGCUUCAGCAUCCUGGAAAGGCUGCAGUCAAGGCAUCAGAGAGCAGCAGCAGCAGUGAAGAAUCCAGUGAUGAUGAGGAGGAGGACAAAAAGAAAAAGCCUGUCCAGAAGGGAGUUAAGCCCCAAGCCAAGAUAGUCAAAGCUCCUCCUAAGAAGGCCAAGAGCUCUGAUUCUGAUUCUGACUCAAGCUCAGAGGAUGAGGUGCCAAAGAACCAGAAGCCAAAGACAACACCCAUGGCAGCUAAAGCUCAGGCUAAAGCCCUAGCCAAACCAGCUCGUCCAGCACCUAAAGUAGUCAAUGGCAAAGCAGCUGGUAGUAACAGCAGCAGCAGCAGUAGCAGCAGCAGCAGUGAUGAUGACUCAGAGGAGCGGAAGGCAGCAGCCGUAUCUAAGAAGGUAAAAUGGGCCUUAGUUUCUAGCAGGAAGGAAGGGACUGGGGAUGGGGAGACUGUACCUAAAAAGCAAGCUGUGGCCAAGGCCCCAGUGAAAGCAGCUGCCGCUCCUGCCCAAAAGAGUUCCAGCAGUGAGGACUCCUCCAGUGAGGAGGAGGAGGAGGAAGAGCAGAAGAAAAAACCCAUGAAGAAAAAACCAGGUCCCUAUAGUUCAGUUCCCCCGCCUUCUGUUCCCCCACCCAAGAAGUCCCUGGGAAUUCAGGCUCCCAAGAAAGCUGCAGAGAAGCAGCAGCCUGUGGAGAGCAGUGAGGACAGCAGCGACGAGUCUGAUUCAAGUUCUGAGGAAGAAAAGAGACCCCCAGCUAAGGCAGUCAUCUCCAAAGCAACUACUAAACCAGCUCCAGCAAAGAAGGCAGCAGAGAGCUCUUCAGACAGCUCAGACUCUGACAGUUCCGAGGAUGAAGCUCCUGCUAAGCCAGCCAGUACCACCAAGAAUUCCUCAGGUAAGCCAGCUGCCACUCCCAAGCAGCCUGCAGCCGCUGGCCAGAAGCCUCUGACCAGAAAGGCUGAUAGCACCUCCAGCGAGGAGGAGAGCAGUUCCAGUGAGGACGAGAAGACGAAGGCUGUAGCCAGCCCUAAGGCCAAGGUGACGGCCACCGCAGCUCCGUCUCUGCCUGCCAGGCAGGCCUCUCAGGGUGGUGGGGACAGCAGCUCUGAGUCAGACAGCUCCAGCAGCGAGGAGGACAAGGAAGAGAAGACGCCUAAACCCCCAGCCAAAAAGAAGCCACAGAAGGCAGGGGGAACUGUAGCCCCUUCCAAACCAGCCUCUGUGAAGAAAGCAAAGGCCGAGAGCAGCAGCACUUCUUCCUCUGAGGACUCCAGUGAGCAGGAGGAAGAGGAGAAGCCCAAGGCCAAGGGCACCCCAAGACCACAAACCGCCAAGGCCAAUGGCACCUCUGCACUGACUGUCCAGAAUGGAAAAGCAGACAAGGACGGCAACGAGGAGGAGGGGGGCAAGAAAAAGGCAGCAGUGGCAGUUGCUAUGCCAGGUUCAGGAAAGAAGCGGAAGCAGAAUGAGGCUGCUAAGGAGGCAGAGACUCCUCCAGCCAAGAAGAAAAAGCCCCAGACCCCCAACACGUUUCCUAAAAGGAAGAAAGGAGAACGAAGGGGAUCCUCCCCAUUCCGAAGAAUCAGGGAAGAGGAGAUUGAGGUGGAUGCUCGAGUGGCAGACAAUUCCUUUGACGCCAAGCGGGGUGCAACCGGAGACUGGGGGGAGCGAGCCAAUCAAGUUCUGAAGUUCACCAAAGGCAAAUCCUUCCGGCACGAGAAAACCAAGAAGAAGCGGGGCAGUUACCGGGGAGGCUCCAUCUCUGUCCAAGUCAAUUCUGUUAAGUUUGACAGCGAGUGA